AUGGCCGAGAAGUCGAACGUGCGGGGGAAUCCCAAAGCCCAAAGCUCCAGUCCCGCCCCAACUCCAACCCCAUCCCUCGCAAAUCGCAUCCAAUCCUCCGCAACAGGCCUAGCAAAGAGCACCUUCAAACCAGGCUCCGAUCUCAACAACACCCUCUCAUCAACAAACAGCAAAUCCGGACCCUCCGCACAGUCCUCCAAUGCAGGUACCUCAAUAGACUCCCUCUCAGGGCCGACAUCGUCCGUCGGCCCGAAACAGGAGUCAUUCCGGAGCUCCAACUCCGCGAUCCCAGACGAAGAAUUCAACUUCCAACAAGCGCCCCAGCUCGACGAAGAAGAUGCCCUACACGAUACGAAAGGCAAAGGCCGACUAGACUCGUGGAAUACAAACUAUGUCUCAAGCCAAUCCCAAUCCCAAUCCCAGCUCCAGUCCCACCCGCAGAAUCAGAAUCAGAACCAGAACCACAACCAAAACCCAGAAGACGGCGCAGCAGUCGUCGACCUCCUCUCCGCCCCAUCCACAGAAGAAGACCCCGCCACAAUCCCAGAAACAGACCUCGACCCAGCUCCACUACCGCUUUCAGCAAGCGAGAGAGAAGCACUGGACUCAUUUAGACUCUCGUCGCAUGGCCCGCGCUUGACGAGCGCAAGCUUAGUGCCUGAUAUCGACACAUUCUUGAGUCAGGGAUACAAUGAGAGUCAGGGACAAGGGCAGGGCCAGGCGCUUCGAGAUGAAGUACUGGCUCGGCUUCCUGGGGCGGGGGAUUGGGUUGGUGUGCAGGAGAGGUAUCAUGAGGAGGUUUGGGGGUUCCUGGGACCUGUGCUUGAGGCUGCGAGGACGGAGAUUGAACAGGGUAGGAGUGAGGAGGGGCCGGCCGUUAGGAGACUGAAGAUGAUAUUGGGACAUAUGGGGGGAUGA